UAGUAUGAACCUAACCUUCGACACAACGGUUUGUCAUCACGAAGUGGCUUAUUUUGGCGCGAAGGUGUUUCAGCCAAAAUCGAAAAUUUUGAGUAUUUGAUCUUACUGUUUAAAGCUUUUAACGAAAGAAAAAUGGAAGAUACGAUAACGCGUUUGAAGAGAUUAGUAUCAAAUAGCAAUGAGGUUCUAGAAUUUAGAUUAAUACGCGAUCUGGAUGACCUGAAUUCAAAAGAGGCUGUAUUUAAACCAGAAAUGACUUAUCAAGUAUUUGGAGAUAGAGAAAUAAUAUUUGGUUAUCGGGAUCUGAAAGUACAGCUGUUCUAUUCAGCAGGUUGUUUGGAAACAUACUUGGGAAUGACAUAUACAGAAAAAGUAAACAAACAGUGCGACGAAGUUGAACCAGAUGAAGUUUUAACAAAACUCGCUGAGAAGCUUGCUCCCGAUGUUCACUAUAGUUUAACCAAUUUUAUCAACGCACUUGCUAAGGAUGAUACAUUUGUACCAUAUGGAGAAUUGAUACAUUCUUUCUCAAUAGAUGACAAAGGCGCAACAAGACAGUUUGUAGUCUACAAAGCUGAUAUGAGUUACAAAGGAUUCAGGGAAUACCAUCAAAGAAUUCAGACAUUUCUUCUUUGGUACAUAGAUGCGGCUCUUUUCAUUGAUCUUGACGACGAUCAAUGGCAAUAUUUUAAUUUGUUUGAAAAAUACACUACACCUACAGGUGUAUCUCGAUAUGCAACAGUUGGUUUUGUUACUGUAUAUCGGUAUUAUGCAUAUCCGCAACACAUUCGACCGCGCAUUGCCCAAUUUUUAAUUUUACCGUUAUUUCGAAGAAUGAGUCUUGGUACACAUUUGUUACAAGCGGUUUAUCGCGAAUACAUUGGCAGGAGUGAAGUUAAAGAUAUAACAGUUGAGAGCCCAUCCGAUGUAUUUCAACGACUACGAAAUUUUGUAGAUUCUUUGAAUUGCAGCAAAUUGCCCAGUUUUCAGCCAGAACGUUUGAAGGAAGGUUUCAGCAACGAAAUGAUUGCCGAGGCUAGAGAUAAAUUAAGAAUAAACAAGAAACAAGCGCGUAUAGUGUACGAAAUCUUGCGUUUGCGCGCGACAAAUGUUUCGAAUCCAGAAGAAUAUCGGGCCUACAGAAUAGACGUGAAGAAACGAUUAAAUAUACCGUUUAAAAGAAAACAAAAUGAAGAACUAAAGAUAGAACGCGCAUUGAAAAACGCAGACAAAAAACCAUACACCAAUGGUAAUAAUGGUCUACCGACUGACGAGCAACGCAAGGAGAUACUGGAGAAGGAAUACCGGCUUUUGGAAGAGGAAUACAAAGCGAUCGUUAAACGUAUCGAAUAUGCUCCCGAAUUAUGAUACAUUAUCGAAUUCGAAUUUGAAAGUUUUAAGCUGUGAAAAAAAUAUAUCAAUAUAAUUUA